AGGCCUGGCUCUUGGCAGCGCCUCGCCCGCCCCCGCGCGCGAGCGGCCGGGCCGCGCGGGGGUUGCGAGGGGCCGAGCCGCGCAGCACAUGGCGAGCGCCCGGCGCGCCUCGUUCAGCACCACGGUGGAGCUCAUCUGCUUCGACGCGGAGAGCGGGGCUCGCAGCCCGGGCAGCUUUCAGCACGUGGAGAUGGCAGGGGCGCGCGGCACCGCUCGGCGGUCUUCCCCGACGCCCGCGCGGGGGGGCCCGGCGCGCCGCGGCGGCGCCUCCACGGCGCCGUGGACCCCGCCGUUGAGCGCGGCGGCCGUGCCAGAUCUCCGAGGGCUGCUGGAGCUGGAGGCCGAGUGCUUGCCCAGCAGCCUAUCUACCGAGCCGGGCGGCAGCGAUUCCGAGAGCUUCGCCGACGAGAACCUGUUCGCGAAGGUCGCCCAGCGGCGCCGCAUCCGGCGCAGCGUCACCGCCAACCAAGGGCCGGGCCUUCCGCAGCACGCCCUGCCAGAGAUGACGAUGUCGAGAAUCCUCAUGCGGCGUCGGUUGGCCUGGAGCUCCUAUCGAGUGGACAGCCUGUCCAGCGGGACGAGCAGCAUCAACAGCCUCGGCGAGUGAGGCCCGGCUGCGGAGGCGGCUCGGGCUCGCCGGGCCGGGCGUCGAGCGCGAGACAGCGACACGCCCCCGGCACGCUGCGCACCGGCGCGCGCCUCGCCCGGCGGGUGCCCCUCCGCCCCGCCCGCCCCCUGCGCAGGAGAGGGAUCCCUCUCCUGCCACUC